AGGUCUUCUCAGCGUAUUUGAAAAUAAUAUAGAUCACAAAAUAUCAAUAAGCUCUUGCUUUUGGCUAACUUUACUUUUGCAUGUGUAUUGUCGAUGGGUAGCAUAUCAGCUCAAACGAGCACAUGUUCAUAUUAUCGUCUCCAACAGGUGAGUUGCCUAAUUUAAUUUAAUAUGCAUUUAAGGUCUGAAAAAGGGCGGGCGCAAACCAGAAGGUGCAGACGGCCAAGUUUGGCCAUAUGGCUUGAUGGAACAAUUUGCUGCUCUUUACGCCAAUUGCGAGAGUGGUGAAAUACUGGUUGAACAGUCGGGAGAGCACAUACAGGCGGCUCUCGAAGAAGUUGGAGUUUACGGUUAGUUAUACACUGCGACUUACUGAGGUUUAUUCCAUCGAGGCGGCAAUCGAAUAUGUCGGAGUUGAAGGCGAAGACUCGGCGCUGGCGAACGCAUGCCCUCAUGUCAUGGAGGCGGGUAGAAAGCUGGUGGAAGCCGAUGAGGAGGGGAGGAAAGCCACGGCAUAGCGCAUACCUGAUGGCCGACAAGGAAUCCCUGAGCCUGAUCAUCCUUCUGCCUUGUGGGAACACAGAGGAUAACCUCCCGAAGAGAGCAGACGGUUUGUUUGAGCUGUGUAACAAGGUGUUCGAGCAUGUUGAGGCCAUGCUUCGUAAGGAGGAGGACGAGGAAGUUGAUGCCGCUGAGGGUGGUGACAAACGGGUCGCCAAGACGCUGCUCAAUUCAAUUCAGCACCCCCUGUACGUCGAUAAUCCAAACUGAGUUGAAUAAUUCAAACUAAAGAAACAAAUGUCGGUCGAGACUGAAACUGAAACUGAAAGUACAACUCCUUUGACGGGAAUGGAGAUCGAUCGGCAUGACGAAGAAUUUGAGUUGUCAUUUCAAGACGAAGAAGAAGAAAAAACAAGUUUUACAUGAAAAGAUAACAAAAUAAUUUUGUAUGAUAAUUGUUAAACAAUGUUCUAAAUGCU